CCUGCAAAACCCUACGGUUGUUUAAUUCUGACUGAUAACCCCAGAAAUCGUCCGACGAUAGAAUCAUGGCCUGCAAUUCCUCAGCUUGUCAGUCUGGAUGCUACAGGAACGAGGAGCAAGAAGAAGUGGCGGAGCAACAAGAACAAACGCAGGAUUUGAUAAGCAGAGGAGUGAACGGCAGUAAAAGUCACCAGAAUCUGUGUAUGAAGUGCAAGACGAAUGUGUCCAUUUGUGGUGGCAUCGGUGAUGAUGGGAGGUUUUGUGGGGAUUGCUUUAGGGGCAACCUGUAUGGGAAGUUCAAGCACGCUGUUAGUUCUAACGCCAUGAUCACCCCUUCUGAUAAGGUCCUUGUUGCUUUCUCCGGUGGCGCUUCAUCCAGGGUGGCCCUGCAAUUUGUGCAUGAGAUGCAACAGAAAGCGCAGAAAAAUUAUGAUGCAAGUAAAGAUAGAUCAUUACCAGUAUUUCGUGUGGGAGUUGCAUUUAUUGAUGAAAGUGCUGUUAUUCCAGUUCCUUGUCAAGAAGUUGAAAAUGCAAUUGAGGAGAUCAGGUUGAUUGUUUCAAAUGCAGCCCCACCAGCUAAAGAAUUAUAUGUUGUUCCAAUUCAAAAUAUUUGCUCUUCAGAUUCCAUUGAUUGUAAAAUCAGAUUGGAAAAGUUAUUAGAUACUGUCAGCGAUGCUACUGGGAAAGAAGAUCUUCUAAUACAUUUACGAAUGUUGUCCUUGCAAAAGGUUGCCUCUGAUAAUGGGUACAACAGAAUUUUGUUAGGAACAUGCACAUCCAGGAUUGCUUGUCAUAUCAUUUCAGCCACUGUCAAGGGUGAAGGCUAUUCCUUACCAGCAGAUAUUCAAUAUGUCGAUUGUAGAUGGAAGGUUCCAAUUGUGCUUCCACUUCGUGAUUGUCUUGCACAAGAGCUCAACAUUCUUUGUCACCUUGAUGGUCUAAAGAUUGUGGAGCUAUUUAAGGAUUCUGGUUCUGGUAUCAAUGGCCUUGUGUCAUCAUUUGUUAAACUAUUGCAGGAAGAAAAUCCCUCACGAGAAUGUACAAUUGUACGUACAGCUGGAAAGCUCAUUCCAUUUCAUUUCAACAGAAUUCCAGAAAUCAAGGACAGUCGAGUUCCUUUGGCAACCCGAAGGCGUCAAAAGAGACUCGAUUUGAAGCCUAAUGAAUCUAUAUCUUCAGAAUCAUUCUGUCCUAUUUGCAAUAGCCCCCUCAAGAAAUCGGACUCUUCAAAUCUGAAGAAUCCUGAGAGUUUCCAAAAUUCUCAUACUUUUAGUGCUUCUUGUUGUUCAAGUUGCCGGUUUCAGAUAUUACCCAAAGACUCCUCCUCAGUAGAGCACUUGCUGUCACUUCUUCCUCAGCCAAUGGUUGCAAGAGUAGGAUAUGGCAGCAUUGGUAAUGUCAGUUCACUGAGGGACCAAAUACAAGAUUGUUUGCUUUCAGACAGCGAGGAUGAACUUUGAGUCUAGUUAUCUCAUCUCUGGAGUUGCCUUCAUCUUCCCUUUUCUGGCUUAUUCAUCAGUGGUUUCAAGUAAUUUUCGCAAUGGCAUGCUUUUAGACAGCAAAGAUGAAGUUUGAAUCAAGUUUGGAGGUCUUUCUCUUUGCCUUCAACUCCUUUUUGUUCAAGCAACUACCACAAUCACUUUGUUGCAGUUUUGAUAAGUAGGGCAUUAAUUUGCAUAGACAGCCCAUCAAUCAUCAGCAUUAGUUACUGGGCUCAUGCUUGACAUUAUAAUCAUGGGAGAGAUAGUCCUAUAUGAUUUAUGUUGACAAUUAUUGAAAAGACAAAGAUUUAUGUACAGAUCUGAAUUUUUCUGCAAAUUACGAAGAAAUGAAAAUGAUAAGGGUUU